GGGUGCUGAUGGGAAGGACUCGCCGUGGUCAGGUGGUCAGGAAGCUGCUUAGAGUAAACAAGCAGCGCUAAGAAGGUCCCUGUCGGGUUUCUCGGGUUUCUGCCGUGCAGUGCAAUGACAGAUAUUUAUCUGUACGUCUUCUGGCCAAACCUGAGUACAGAUGAGCGGUAACUAAAAGCCCGAGUGAGUCUCUGUGUCAGCAGAAUGCAGCGGAGGAAGCUCCGGCUUUAAACACAGCAGCGUCCCUGGAGCUCUGAGGAAACCGAGGAAAGACCUCUGUUCCAGCAAGAUGACGUGCACCCUGAAGCUCUUUGCAGUUGUCUUCGUGUCUUGUGUUGUGUCUGGGAGCAGCUCAGCAGAAAAGACCAACCCAAGUGUAGUCAAAGUAGCCAACAUUGCCAUCGACUUCCACAAUCGCAGAAGUAACUAUAUCUAUGCUUAUAAAGUGGUGGACAUCCUGUCAGAAAGUGUUCAGCUCUACCCACCUACCUGGGUUAAAUACUCCAUAAAAGCGCAAGUGGCUCAGACGAAUUGCAUAAACGAUGGAAAAGUGAGCCUGGAGGACUGCAGUCUGAGGACUAAUGCACAGACUAUGGCCUGCAGCUUUGUGGUUCUGGCAGUUCCAGGAGAGAACACCAUACCCAGCCAUGUUCUGUCAGACAGCUGUACCUUAAUUCCAUUAGUCAUCACUGAAACGUAUUAGUCAUUGUUAUAGAACACUACAAAACCCCGCACAUCUUACAGCCUCAUUCUGAGUAACACACUCUAGACUGUAUCCUGCGUCAUCAAGGGCCCAGUUUCCCCAAAGCAUCUUAGUGUUAAGAUCAUCUCAGCUGGUAGAGAGAGGGUUCAGUUCAUCAUUUAAGACUCACCUUUGUGUUAAGAUGCUUUUGGGAAACUCCGCCCAGUUCAUGUAAUGUGUUCAUGUAUCUACCUGAGUCAUAUCAUAAACCUGAUCUCAUUAUGCCCAUGCUGGGCAGCUACAGACCACCAUUGUUGCAAUAUUGCAUUAAACAGAAAACAAAAGAACAA